GGGCGGGAUGGAGGCGCCUUCCGAGUCCGAGAGUUCGGGGCCCGGCGGGACGGGGCCGGCGGUCGGGUCCUUCCAGCCCAGCGAGCACCAGCAUGUCCGCUACAACCCCCUGCGGGAUGACUGGGUGCUGGUGUCCGCCCACCGGAUGAGGCGUCCCUGGCAGGGGCAGGUGGAGAAACAGCCGCAAGAGGAUGUCCCUCGCUGUGACCUGUCUAACCCGCUGUGCCCUGGAGCAGCACGAGCCAACGGGGAGGUGAAUCCGCAGUACACGAGCACGUUUGUCUUCGACAAUGACUUCCCAGCACUGCAGCCGGAUGCCCCGGAACCUGACGCCUGCAACCACCCCUUGUUCCGAGCUGCGUCUGCCCGAGGAAUUUGCAAGGUCAUGUGCUUCCAUCCUUGGUCUGACCUGACACUGCCGCUCAUGUCGCUGGCAGAGAUCCGGGCAGUGAUUGACAAGUGGGCGGAGCUCACGGUGGAGCUGGGUGCUUCUUAUCCCUGGGUACAGAUAUUUGAGAACAAAGGGGCCAUGAUGGGCUGCUCCAACCCUCACCCUCACUGCCAGGUCUGGGCCAGUAACUUCCUCCCCAACGAAGCCCGGCUGGAGGACCGGACGCAGCGGCAGCACCUCCAGGAGCGCGGCGUGCCCUUGCUGCUGGAGUAUGCCCGGCUGGAGGCCCAGAGGAAGGAGCGGCUGGUGGUGGAGAACGCGGACUGGCUGGUGGUGGUCCCCUAUUGGGCCGUGUGGCCUUUCCAGACCCUGCUCCUGCCCCGCCGUCACGUCUGCCGCCUCCAGGAGCUCAGCGACGGCGAGAGAGACAGUCUGGCCUCCAUCAUGAAAAGGCUCCUCACCAAGUACGACAACCUCUUUGAGGUUUCCUUCCCCUACUCGAUGGGCUGGCAUGGCGCCCCCACGGGGCCUCACUUGGGAGCAGACUGUGGGCACUGGCAGCUUCACGCCCACUACUACCCGCCCCUCCUCCGCUCGGCCGCUGUCCGCAAGUUCAUGGUGGGCUACGAGAUGCUGGCGCAGGCUCAGCGGGACCUGACGCCAGAGCAGGCCGCCGAGCGCCUGAGGACUCUGCCCGAGGAGCAUUACAGGGUGAGGCCGCGUGAGGCGGUGUGACGAGCGGUGCCGGCCAAGGAGGGGAGCUGGCACGUUGCAGAGGGGCCACCGGCCGCAUGCGGGACUCGGUUCCUUUGUUUUGCUGACCAGUGGGAAUUGAGCUGGGGGGCUGGUGGGCAGAGCACGGUGGAGUCUCUUGGACAGGCCACUUUGGGGGCAAUAGUCAGCACUCAGGGCGAGGCUGAGACCGGCAAACUCGUGUCAGGCGACUGGCUGGGUGAGCUCCCCACAGCCUCAGAGCUGGGUCUCUGGGGGCUGUCACCCCAUGGGAGCUCCUGGGCUGCAGCGGGUGGAGAGCCAGUGGCAGCUGCCUUUG